AUGGCGCGGAUCCCGCGGCGGCGGCGGCGGCGGCGGCGGACGGGCGGCCUCAGCUGCAACGGGCCCUGCGAGGGGGAGCGGCGGGAGAAGCAGGCUGGGGGGGCUCCGGAGAGGCCCCGCCCGCCCCGCCCCCCGCCCCGGACCCGCCCCCCGCCACUCCAGAGCCCAUCCUCCCCGCCCGGCGGGCCCGCCGCCCCCCGCGCCCCGGCGGGGCGGCGGCUCCGAGGGCGGGAGCGGCCUCGCCCGGCCCCGGGCCCCCUCCCAGGGCGGGGGCGCCGCGGCCGGGGCCCCCGCCGUCCUUGGGGGGCGCCCGCCCGCCGCCCCGGCCCGCGCCGCUCGCGCUCACCUUUCCGCCGCGCAGGGGAGCCGGCGCCCGCCGAACUACAGCUCCCAGCGGCCCCGCGCGCGGGCCGGCUGCCGCCGCCGCAGGGGCUGCCGGGAGUUGUGGUGCGAGCCGAGCGGAGGCGCUCGCGGGCGCCGCCUUGCAAGGGUCGCCCCGCAGGCUUGCAAAGCGGAGCGGCCCGGAAGAAAGCGUGGCACGGCUACCUGGCGGCGGCGGGCUCAGGGGUCGCUGCUCCCCCGCCCGGCCCUUCAGAGCGCGGAGCCCCCGGGCCUCGGACAGGCCGUCGGAACGCGACUUAG